CGCAAUGGCUCGGAUCCCCACCGCCGCCUUCCUCGUCGCCGUCUCCCUCUGCACCGCCGCCGUCGUAACCCGCCACGCACGGGCGCAAGAAACGGCCGACGAGCCGGAGUACACGUACCGCCGUGGCGCGGACAACGGGCCGGAGCGCUGGGGCCUGCUAAGGGUGGACUGGGCCGCGUGCUACUGGGGCCGGCAGCAGUCCCCGGUCGACGUCCCGGGCGGCUCCUCCGCACCAGGCCCAAUCCGCUACGGCCGGCUGAGCCAGCACUACCGGCCGGCCCCGGCCACCAUGGUGAACCGGGGCCACGACAUCAUGGUCCGGUUCGACGGCGACGCCGGGGGUUUGCUCAUCGACGGGCUCAACUACCGGCUGAGGCAGAUGCACUGGCACUCCCCGAGCGAGCACGCGCUGGACGGCCGCCGCUACGACCUGGAGCUCCACAUGCUGCACCAGACCGACAAGCCCAGCAACAAGUCCUUCGCCGUCGUGGCCCAGCUGUUCAGGAUCGGCCGCCGUGGGGACGCCACGCUGCGGAUGCUGGAGCCGUACAUCGAGCGGAUCGAGGAUAGGAGGAAAGGGAGCGCGGAGGAGAUCGACUACGAGGUUGACCCGAGGCGGCCAGUGAGGCGGAGCGACGAGUACUACCGGUACACGGGGUCAUUCACCACGCCGCCCUGCACCGAGGGGGUCGUCUGGACCGUGGCCACCAGGAUUGGACACGUGUCGCGCCAUCAGGUCGACCUGCUCAGAGAUGCCGUCCAUGACCAUGCAAGGAAGAACGCUCGGCCGCUCCAGGACGCUAACGGCAGGGCCGUCGCGCUGUACUACAACUGGCCUCUUCGCGGCCGCGGGAACACGGCGGCGACAAGCGACCUCAACUAGCUAGGAGCACAAGAGGCAGACGCGCGCUAUACGACUGCUCUCGUUGAUUCAAAGCGUUAGCUCGUGCUGGUGAUAUGACGUGGAUUCUUUCUGACUCUAGUAUGCCCCAUUUGUUGUUCGUACUACUGUAGUGUGUACUCCCUCUUAUCAUAAAUUUUUGACUCAAAUUUGUCCAA